AAUGGAAGUAAGUUGCGGUAAACUUGAAAGGAGCUGCACGGAUAAUUCUUUUAAUGAGGAGAAUUACUAUUGCAAAGAAGAUUUAGAGCUAAGAAAGAACAUCAUACAAGAUGUUAUAGAAUCGGAUUUUGACCAUCAAGAUUUUAAGAGUGGUAUAGAUAAAAUCAUGGUCAUGUUUAUCGAAUUUAUAAUGACUAAUACAAAGAGUAUCUUAUCCAGACCACCAAAUGACAUAGUGAGACACUUUUCAGUUUCUCUCUACGAUGAAAUGCGAACAAUGCAAAAAUUAUUAUGCGGGAAAUCUCUUCAUAUGUCUCAUAAAAUGAGGCAAUUCCUAUGCGCUCACGAGGUUAGCUUUGAAGAUGUGAUGAAAUUGACUAAACGUAUGGAAAAGGAGCAUGAAGUGAUAGAUUCUUUUGAACUAAAGAUAAAAAAAUAUAAGAAGUUCAAAAGAGAUAAGAGCGAAUUGACAAUUGUAGAAAGAGCUUCUUGUCCAGCUUCUUGCUUCAAAGUCAAGAAAAGAGAAAAGUUUAUACUAGAUAAUAAAUUUAUCCAUAACAUUACUUCAGAUGAAGCUAGAGAGGACAAAAUAAUUAUAUUUAAUGAUGCAGUUUUGGGAAAAUUCACUUUCCCUGACGCCUGCGAUCAACUCCAGAGCACAAGCCUCCCGAGUAUUAACUCAGUUGAAAAUGAGAGCAAGUUUUUUGUACCGGAAAUGGAGGAGGGGAUUUUCGAAACAACUUCCCUAACGGAAAACAAUAUUGGGCUGUUGAACGAAGAAAGCGGUUUGUAG